AUGGAGCUCCUCCACAAGAAGAUAGAUCUCAUGGGGAUGGGACCGGCUGUGCAGGAGCAGCAAGAAGGUGUAGAAGAUGUUAACUAUAUACACCAAGGGGGCAAUAGAUACUAUAACAACUCCCGCCCCAAUCAAGGGGGUGGAGGUUACAAUCAUUUUGGGCACAAGGCGCAUCCUAACCUAUCGUAUGGGAACCCCAACAAUGCCCUUCAACCACCACCGGGGUUCACAGUUUCUCAAGGGAUGAUCACUGAGCCGCAGAAGAAAAGUUCAGAGGACAUACUGAAUGCAUUCAUGAUACAGUCACACAAGAACAUGGAGCAUACCAAUCAAAGGCUAGAGAAGGUUGAGAGUAAUAUGCACAGCAUGGCGGGACAUAUGAAGAGCCUAGAGACGCAGAUGAGUCAGAUUGCCCAAGCCGUGGGACAAAUACAUCAAUCGGGGCAAUUCCCAAGUACUAUAGUUCCAAAUUCGAAAGACUGCAAGGCAAUCUACUUAAGGAGUGGGACAAGCUAUGAGAGUCAUCCUAUGCCCGAGGUGGAAGCUAAUGAAGUGCCCGAAGAGAAAGAAGAAGAGGAGUUUGAGGUGGAAUCACCUCUUAUGCAAUCCAAGAAGAAGUUGGAUGAGAAGUUUGUCAAGUUCCUUGAGAUCUUCAACAGAGUGCACCUCAACAUACCUCUUAUUGAGGCCCUCCAACAAAUGCCCGGCUACCUCAAGUUUUUGAAAGAGAUCAUGUCCAAGAAGAAGAGGUUGGUUAAUUAUGAAACCGUGAAUUUGACCGAGAAUUAUAGUGCAAUCAUCCAACAAAAGAUGCCGGCAAAGAUGAAAGAUCCGGGGAGUUUCAACAUUUCUUGUGUGAUCGGGAAUGAUAGGCAAACUAAGGCCUUGUGUGACUUGGGGGCAAGCAUAAAUCUCAUGCCUUUAAGCUUCUUUCGGAAGUUGAAGUUUGGUGUCUUGAAGCCAACUACCAUUACCCUCCAAAUGGCGGACAAGUCCGUCAAAUUCUCGAAUGGACUCCUUGAGAAUGUAUUGGUAAGGGUGAAUGAUUUCAUCUUCCCCGUGGACUUUGUUGUUUUGGACAUGAAGGAGGAUCCAAAUGUCCCCCUCAUCCUUGGAAGACCAAUCCUAGUGACCGGGAAAGCUCUAAUUGACGUCACUAAGGGAGAACUCACCCUUAGGCAUGGAAACAAGACGGUCAUUCUCUCUAUAUUGGACAAGAUGAAACGCCAAGAAGUGGAAGAGGCCAAGAGAGUGGAAGAAGCCAAGAGAGUGGAAGAGGUGCCCUUGAAAGUUGAAGAUUGCAACAUGAUACAAGUGGCACAUGUGAAGGGUAAGGAUGAUGAUGUGGAGAAACCUCUGGAGGAGAGAUGUAAAGGAAGUGUUAUUGGGGGAGAUGUGAAGGCCACUUCGUGGAAGAAGCGGCUACACAAGCUCUAUUUGGCCGCUAAAGCAAAGACGGGUCCCGAUGACAUUAUCCGAGUGAGGUUGGACCAUUGA